AGAAAAAUGAAUAGGAAAGAAAACAACAUAAACCGCUAUUCUCGGGUGGCAGGUCUGUUGUAGUGCUCUGCGGACUAAGUAAAUGCCUUGAAUGCAGUUGUGACAACGAUUCUCAGAACUACUGGCGAUCCAAGAACUUCAUCUCACAACAGCAACGAGUCAUCUGUAGAUGUGCUUAUAAACAAUGCCACAUAUCAGUGACUUAUGAAGAGCAUGUACAGAGCUUUUAAUUAAUGAUGAACGGACAUUUUGCAUCUUUACGACAAGCAAGUAGGUAGAGUACCACUCUCUGACGUCAGAGAAUGAUGAUUGUCUCACACACACCACACGCACGUAUACUCUUUGUUUAUUUAUCUUAUCGCACUUUUUUGAUAGGUUUGAAUAACUGCAUCUGUUUGAACAAUGGCAUAUUUCGAGAUUGCAUGGGAGAGAGACACUUUAUUGUAGUAUUGUAGUGAGGCAGUAUUUGGAAAAACAAGAGUACAGCACAUUUAGAAAUAGAGAAGAAAAUAACAAAAUAUGUCGCAGAUCACUGAUAAGCUACUGGGAUGUAUUGUCUUGUCAUUUUAUUCUCUUUUUUUCCCUUCAAAAAGCUCUCCUUCGUGGGAGGAGUUAGGUGCAACAGCUGGCUCUCUUUACAUACUUUUUCGCAGCGGAGACGGACACAUCUCCCGAAGCAACAAAAAAAAAGGCGGACGAAUGAACAGCAGCAUUAAAUCUGAUCUCGCCUCUCUUUAACACAGGAAUUGUAUAUGAUUUGCUUCGAAACACUUUAAGCACACGACCAGAGAAGAAAUCUACACUUCUGGAAAAUGUUCUGGGACAUAUCUUUUUCCGGAUUUGGGAGAACUAGCUACAGAUCUUGAACGAUUUCCUAGAAAGAUUCUUAAUCAGUCCUGAUGUUUGCUAUGGAAGGUAUGCCUGUUAUGGACUGCCUGAAGGACUUCAAUCACUGAAGUUGAAGAGGGAGAGAGAAGUGGAUUUAUCCCAUUUUUUCCUCGGGAGGUACAGGUACCUAGUGGACCACAUAGACCAAAGUGAUCAACAUGUCUAUUUGGGUGAUCAUACCCAUCAGCCUUCCUGUCCUCACCAUCACUGGGAUAUGGGUUGUAUAUGCCAUGGCCCUCUACAACCAGCAUGUCUGCCCCGUGGAUAACUGGCUGUAUAAUCAGUCGUGUGAGGAGAAGCUGUCUCUACAGAGGGGUCCUGAGCUGUGCUGUACCCUGGACAAUGUCCCACUCAUCAGUAAGUGUGGCACCCUUCCCCCUGAGAGUUGCUUCUUCAGCCUCAUCUGCAGUACCGGAUCCUUCAUGGUGAUUUUGAUAGGGCUGCUGCGGUAUGCCCACGUCAUAGAGAAGCACCAGAACUGUGUCCUUAACACUGCCGGCCUUUCCACUGGCUGGAUCUGUGCUGCAGGACUCAUUAUGGUGGGCAACUUCCAGGUGGAUUAUGCCAAAGUGCUUCACUACGUGGGUGCAGGGGUGGCUUUUCCCACCAGUAUCCUGUUUGUGUGUCUGCAGUCAGCCCUGACCUACCGGCUGGCGAAGACCCAGAGAGAAUAUAACGUGGGCCACCUUCGACUGGGGAUGAGCUUGCUAGCCUUCAUCACCCUGGUCUUCAGCGGUGUCUUCUUUGUCCAGGAGAGCUUUGCCCUGCAACACGCCUCCGCCAUCUUUGAGUGGCUCUUCUGCAUCAUCAUCAUGCUCUUCUUUGGGACCUUUGCCUUUGAGUUUGGGGACAUGUCCGGGGAUACCCUUAUGGUGCUGGCCAGAGGGGGUGUCCAGGGAUUUUCCAGCAGUGACCACAAGGCCGAGGAGGCAGGAGGGCCCAACCACCACUACCAACCAGAUGGCAUAGCAAUGCUGUAGGCCUAUCAAAGGCAGGCUUCUGUGCCCACUGACCAAUCACAAACAGGGUUGGAGUGGGAAGAGUGGAUCACUGACCAAUCAUAGACCACCAAAGGGCAUGAGGACGACGCACCCUCCAAAUGGACCUGCUCGGUAUUGCACAUAGCUAAAGCACCCAAAGCUUUUCUAACCAUUGACCAAAGACUAAUAUCAUGUUAUUGCCAUAUUUGCACUGCGUUGCAGUAGACAGUACAGGGUGGAUCGCAAACACAUGUUACAAGUGCCUUUUGGAAGGAACACAGGCAGGUGCACACACACACACACACACACCUUCCCUGUCUUUUCCUUUCAUCAUUACGUAAUCACUCUUGAUUACGAGAACUUGUUCGCUUGCCGUGUAUCAGAUCCAAUGUCUUGAUUGAGUGCCUGAAAAAUCUUUAAUGACUAAGCAGAAUAUGGCUGGGUCAGUACCUGUGUUAUUAUGUUUGGCCAUUCAGACACUGAACUCUGCAUCGCAUUGUUUAAUGACUAAGCAGAAUAUGGCUGGGUCAGUACCUGUGUUAUUAUGUUUGGCCAUUCAGACACUGAACUCUGCAUCGCAUUGUUUCUACUCAGGAAAAUCUGUUACAUCACCAGCUGUUCAGUGCCUUUUAACAGGAACUUAAAGGGAAGUUAAAGUCAAACAAAAGAGCUAUUGUUGUUUUCUGUGCUCAGAGAUAUUUGUUUUAUAUCAGAGGUUUGAUUGUUGUAUUGUAUGAAAUAUAAGCAAAUAGGGUAAAGGGAGGUUCUGUUCAGGUGCAGUGACCCUUGUUGUUUCAUUUUGUGAGGGACUAUGCGAAAGGAGUCUGAAAACCUUUAUUUGGUGAAACCAGUAGAGGGCCCCCUGAUCAAUGGUUUUGUUGCAGUGUCAUCCGAUGCAGAGAAAGUGUUACAGUGAGAAAGAAAGCAAACCAGAGAAGUGAAUCACUUUGAACGUGUAUCCUUGUACCAAAUUGAUGACAAGAAGAAGAAAUGUUAAUACAGACAUGUUAUUUUAUGUAUGCUGUUCAAUUCUUCAGGUAUUAAUGCAAAUAUAGACACAUUUUUUACUUGAUCUAAAUCUGUCUAUUUAUCGUCUAGAACCUGUUUUUUUUUGGUUUUAUCUCUGAGCUGUCUUCUAUCUAGUCAUUGUUUCAUGCCAAUCGGAUCAAUUGCUGUUCAAGCAGGCAGAGAUACAAAAUGUAUCACACCGGCUAUGACAAUUAGCGUUUUGAAAGUUCCAUAUCUUGAAAACUUGAUUUCUGACAUUUUGGGACUGUGUCAACAGUGGACUAAUGAAACAAAUACCAAAAGAUCGUUUGAGUGGAUUAUUACUUUAAGGUGAGCAUUAUCAAUGCACCAGCAAAGAAUAAAACCCUUUUCUGAGAAUGAACUCUUAUAGAGACUGAUGAAAAGACGUAUACAUUUCAUGUUUUAUUGUUCAAAACCCUAUUUACAUUUUCCUGUUAUCUAUUGACAAACUGUAUAUGAAGGAUCUGAGUUCAUCUGGUUUCCGAGCAGUUGCAGUAAUGCAAGAGAGAUGGUUAUGUAGAUGACGAGGCAAGCGGGACAAGGUAACAGCACUGACACAACAUUCUCAGUCGUUUUUUUCUACAUUGAACCAAAAUGUGGCGACAUACCAUUUUACUCUAAACCCUUCACGCUCAGAAAAAGCUAGCCCUGCCUCUGGUUAAUAUCUCUACAAUAAAAGCGCUCUAACAUAAAAGCAUGUAGAAGUCGUGUGUCUCUUUCAAAGAGAUUUUGUGUAUUUGUGCCUUGAUUUGAACAAAGUUUCACAAAGCACUCAACUAUACUAUUGAACCUCUAAUUGAUCAACUUUACUUGAAAACCCUUCCCUGAUUUUUGUUAGAAAAAGUUUGGAUAAAAGGAAUUAAGAAUGAACACCACUUCACAUGUCAAUCACAGCAUGUCAAAUAGAGUGUAGUUAACAGAUGUUCUUUGAUGGUAUCAAUUAGUAUUAAAAGACCCAGUGCAGUCAAAAUAGUUUUCUGUGUUUUGUAUCAUAUUGUUGAAAAUACAAUACUCUCUGCCAAUAACAGUCAUUUUUCAGGAUGCAUAGCCUUUCCCAUUAGGCCCCUCCAAUUAGGUCCCUCACUCAGAACACUGUUUUUUGCAACAACAAAAAAAGCUAUUUGACCAUUUUAAUUUGAACUACUAUAGUAAGGUGUUUAAUUGUUACCCACAUUCUUUUUGAUAUUGAGAUAAUAAAAAAAAACAGCUGCAUUGGGCCUUAAAGUAUAUGUAACUGCUACGUAAAGUAUGGCUAUUCUACCUU